CGCGACGCGACUUCACGCAGUCGGACGCCCGCGACCGCGGCUCCCCUUCCCCGCCGCCGACCCGAGCAUCGCCGUGGGCCUCAGCCGCCCACAGCCGGCAAGGUCCCCCGCCGGCCGGCCUGCUGCUCCUCCUCCACCCUCCCCAAGCCCUCGGCUCCUCCAGACUCACCCCCAGCUGGGCCGACCAACCCAGCACGCAGAGGCGCUAGGGUUUGGGGCCCUGUGUCGACCACCAGAGGGUCGCCCCCUUCGCCUUCCACAGGCCAGCGGGUGAAGGGGCCGCGAUCGCUUUGCUCCAGCGGCUCCAUGGCUUCUCCAGGCCUAUGUUUUCUUUUCAGGAUUGUGCAUCAAGAAUACUUUUUGUCAAGGAAUUCAAUUGAGGAAUGCAAGAAUUAGGAUAGGCCAAUUAGAAUUAUUUUUUUGUUGGCGUAUCCUGAGUUUCCUCUGAUAAGGAUCGUAUCUACCUGGGUCAAUUUUACCAAUCAUUUUUGCAGCCAGCUGCCUUAGCUACAUACUACAAAGGUCAAGGGGAUUUUCUUUGGUGGACUGCUUCUACCUUCAGUUCACACUUUUGCAGCCAGCUGCCGAUGGCAACCACAAAAGCAAAUGCUAAUGCUGUUUAUUCGAAUGCAAAUUCUUCGAGGCAGGGAGGCCAAACUUCAAGAGCUAGUGGUCCUCAAAAUGUCUGCGUAAGUAAUAUGCAAGCAGAGCUAUCAUCAUCGUCAUCAGGCCAUGAAACCAAAUCAUGCAUCCGCUCUGUGGACCACUCUUUGUCACAUAAGCCUGAAUCAGAACGCUCGAUGGAAGCAACUGAUAACCUGGAUUCUCUUGUAGCAAAUUCAAUAGGCAGGCUUGUCUUUGAGGCUGGUCUUGAGCCUGAUUUUGUUCACUUGCCGUCUUUUAAGCGCGUGAUUGAUUUACUCACCCGUGGGGCUCAGAUUGCAAUGCCUUCUUAUGAAUAUAUUCUGCAAGUGCAACUGAAUGAAGUUCAAAAGCGUGAAAAGGCUAUGAGGCAACACUGGGAGAGAAGAGGCUGCAGUUUGAUAUUGGAUAGCUGGAAAAGCCGGUGUGGGAGAAGCCUCAUUAGUGCUUUUGUGCAUUGCAGAGAAGGGAUGUUUUUUCUCAGAUCCAUAGACAUCUCCACAAUAUUUGAUGAUGUUGAUGAGCUUGCAGCAAUGGUUUGUUGUUUGAUUGAUGAUAUCGGUGUCCACAACAUUGUUCAGGUCAUCACCAAUAAUGUUUCACCACAUAUGCAAGCUACAGAGCAUGCUGUGCUAAAGAAACAUGACCAGUCAUUCAUAUUCGCAGUAUGUGCUGAUCAUUGCAUCAAUCUUCUGCUUGAGAAUAUAGCUGAACUGGGUCACGUGAAAGAUGUCCUAACGAAGGCAAGGGAAAUCAUGAUGUUUUUGUAUGGUCAUGCACUUCCCAUGGAACUGAUGAAAAAGUUCUUUCAUUUUGACUCUGAGAUCAUAAGCAAUUCUAACUUGAAAUCGGUGGCUAAGUUUCUCACGCUUGAGACCCUAGUGUCUCAGAGGGAAAAUCUGAUGGAGAUGUUUAGCUCGCCGAACUGGGUUUCCUCUGAUCUGGCUUGUACAAGUCUGUCCAUGCAUAUAUGUGAGGUAGUACAAACAGAUAGUGCAUUUUGGAGUGCUGCUGAUAAUGUUUUGAAGGUUACUGGCCCACUUAUCAGUGUUUUGUAUAAAUUGGAAAAGGAUAAUUGUCCAGUGAGUGUCCUGUAUGAUGCCAUGGAUAGUGCAAAAGAAAGUAUAAAAAAAAAUCUUGGUCAUGAGCAUGGUAAGUACUGGCAGAUGAUUGAUCACAUAUGGGACAAUUAUUUGCAUUCCCCAAUCCAUGCUGCUGGUUAUAUUCUCAAUCCAGGACUCUUUUACGCUGACCGGUACCGCCAUGAUUCUGAAAUCAGCAGUGGCAUCACGACCUGCAUUAUCCGAGUGGCUAGAAGUCAUUAUCAUGCAUUGCAUGUAGCUGAACAAAUAGAUCUAUAUCAAAGAAGAUCAGGUUUGUUUGAUUCAGAUUUAGCAAUUCAGGAAGCUACUGGGACACCUCAAGAUGUCUGGUGGGAGAAACAUGGGAGUGGCACGAAGGAGCUACAAUCUUUUGCUGCUCGGAUCCUAGGCCAGACAUGCUUUGGCGCUACUAGGUACAACCUCGACAAGAGCUUAACCGAGAGGCUGCACACCGAGAAGCGUUCCUUGGCCGAUCAAGAGAGGUUCCGCAACAUGGAGUACAUCCAUUACAACCUUCGCCUCGUGAAUGCAGUGCCUCGCCUGAACGGUCCUAAGCAUGGUAAGGUCACUGCUCAGCUCAGCGACUGGGUGUCAGCAUAGCACACCGCCUGCUCGCCCGUCGCCCCUGGUGGCGCGGCGAACCGGCUUUUGAGCCGGGGGAGGACAUACCGUGGCGUGGGCAUUUCCAACAAAUUGGAGGCCUGGGAAACCUUUGUUGUUAAACCAGACUUUUCCUUUUUGGCUGGAUGGGUAAUUUCCAUCUUCAGAGGUUGGAUAAUUAAUUUAGUGCAUGAAGGAAAUGGUUUCGCUGACUAACGACGGUUUGUGUGUUUGUUUCUUC